UGAACAAGAAAAGGGAAACAUUUGCGCGAUGUGACCUCAACCAAUUGCGGAGGAGGAGGUAGUAAUGUGUGACAUCAGUACGGGGUAGUUUCAGGAACUGAAGAAAUAGAGGGCGUGUGAUUUUAGUAAUCAGACAAGCAGAAAGUCCCACAGAGUCGAACUAACAGCAGCGAGGAGAGACGGGAAGUAGCAUUGCUUAAUAUCACAUACUUUUGCGCUGGCUACUUCUGUGACUAAUAGGGUUUUCGAAAUAUACGAAUAUUUGGGGGACAUUUACUGAGAGAGAUCUUCAUUAUUUUAACGUCAUAUUGUUUUCAAACGGAGCAGUUGCUUCGGUGCUGCGGAUACAGCAUUCGUAUGAACACAGUGGAUUGGUACCCGGUUCCUAGGCUGCGUGGAUAACAUGCCCAUGAUGGAUGGUAUUUCAUGUCAUCGUUAAGCAGCCUGACUAAUCACAGACACCGAAGACCUUUGACUCACUGGAUUUUAUAAGCGAACUUUAUUUUUUAUUUUAUUUUUCACUGAAUGGCGAUGUAAACUGAACAUUUUACAGUCGUGGUGAUGGGAUUUACCUGUUCGUCCGCAAUAGCAUACAUACGUUCAUCGUUUGCUGUGUAAUUGGCUAUCGACUCAUUUGAAAAACACACACAAAAAAAAAAACUCUGUAUAAUGCCUCUGUGAAAAUGCCCAUACCUCUGAUAUGUUUUAGAUUAUGAAGAUUCUGCACUUCUGUGUCCAUGACGGGUAAGAUGGAAACCCCUUUUUAUCACGAUGACACACCAGAUCUUCCAAAUUUUGAACAAAUUCCACAUUAUGGCAGGUACCAGAACAACAAGAUAAUAAGCAAGAAAAAUAUGGCGACACAGAAUUUCCCAGGAAGCACCUCUAGCCUGAAGCUCCUACAGGGAAAUGGCAGCAACAUCAACCCUAAUGACUCGGGGAUUAACAGUAACACAAACACCUCUUUAAUGCCUUCCACGGACAUGAACCUCUUAAAGCUAGCUUCUCCUGACUUGGAGCACCUAAUCAUCCAGUCAAACCAGGGGCUAGUGACAACCAGCCCGGCACCUAGCUCCACAGGCAAUCCCUUCAUGUAUAGGAACCAGGUGACUAAUGAACAGGAGGGUUUUGCAGAUGGCUUUGUGAAAGCCUUGGCUGACCUUCAUAAACAGAACCAGCUUAUCGGGGCCCCUGUUUCCCCAUCUUCCUCCAUUCAAGGUCCCUAUCAAAGAAGUGUCAUGCCCAGUGGGGAAAUGCCUAUCUAUGCUAAUCUCAGCAGCUACAAUCCCAGUCAUAUUGCAGUCUCAACAUCCUACACAGGGGGUCAGCUGUCAUAUACUCCUGCUGGUCACAGCCUAGGGCACAGUGGAUUGGGACAAGGACCCCACCCCCACAGCAGGGGUCUAGAUGAGCCACAGACAGUCCCCGAGGUGCCCCACCCCCCAGGGGACCCUACCAGCUCCCCUCCCUCCCUCUCUCCCAUUGACCUGGAGACCCAGGAACGCAUCAAGGCGGAGAGGAAGAGGCUCCGAAACCGCAUUGCUGCCUCCAAGUGCCGUAAGAGGAAGCUGGAGAGGAUCUCGCGCCUGGAGGAGAAGGUAAAGGUGCUGAAGACCCAGAAUGCUGACCUGGCCUCAACCGCCAGCAUUCUGCGAGAGCAGGUGGCGCAGCUCAAACAGAAAGUCAUGAAUCAUGUCACCAACGGAUGCCAGAUAGCGGUGAGCUCAGCUACGCUGGCAAAAAGUGGGGAGAGCACCAGCUGCUGAACUUUGCUGUUGAGGGUUUAUUUUGCCGUCGCCAUCUGAGUCAGAGUUGUGGAGAACUGACAAGGUAAAU